ACAAUUUCAAAAUGAGCGAGCUCAGGUGCUGUGAGCGCGUGUCCACGCUGCUCGCCGCAUGUCCAUGCUCACCUGUGCUCACACUCAGAGGCAGCUGGCUCUCUGCAGGUCCACAUGACUGCACCACCAACACAUCCUCCCAGUGUUUCACUUCAUCUUUGGUCUGUUCGAAAAGUUAGACGCGCCAGAUGUCAUGGCAUACAGGAGGAGGCGACAGCUCUCACUUCCAGACAACAGUGAUGGACACAGACCCAACAACAUGGACCAGCUUGCUUUAAAGUACAUGGAGAUGUGUAAAGUGGAGUCCAGCACAGAUUCCGACUCUGAGAUCAGUCCAAGGUGGUCAGACACCAGCACCAUGGUAUGUCUGAACGUGAACAUCACACACACAAUAAGUACAUAUGGGGGUGUGUGAGCAGUGCGCCAGAGAAUGAGACUUUCAGGCGGAUAUUGCCAUUAACACACAAGCCUGCAGGAAGGCAUGGAUGUUAUUCCCUGUUCCUGGACCCGUACGAUGGGAGCUCUGAGGAUUCUGACAAGUCGGACGUCGACAUGGGGGUCUCCAGCAGGCGAGCAAGGCAGCAGGGAAGAGGUGGGGGAGGAGGCGGUGGCUGUCGGUUCCCGGGCAGGAGCAGAAGACUCAUUCUCCAUCACCCCGCCUCCCUCAGAGAAGUGGUGAAAAAUGGGAUGAGAGAUGACGAAACGGAGCAGGAAUGUCUUUUGGACGUCCAGAUGAAAUGUGGGAGUGACUCCGAGCUGUGGGUCUGCGAGCUUGACCUUUCACCCUCCCACCGCGACCGGGAGGGUUGUGGAUCAGAUCAGAAAGAGGAAAUGGCCACCGAUUCAAAAGCACACGCCCAAACUAUGGACGUAGAACUUCACUGCCAAUUUGACGAUUCAGGAUUGCACACUACAAGAUCCUCCACGCCUCAAACAGCCAGAGCUUCAACCCCAGUGGACGGUAGUUCAUCCCAGAUGCUGGGCAGCUCCUCUAAGAGAUCGCUGAGCCCCUGUCACCUCAGAUCUCUUUACAAGAGAAAGCUGGGCUUCACCGGGGCAGAAGUGGUGGAGCUGGUGCAAAGGAAGAGGCAGUGUGUGGUCAACAUGGAGGAGGAGCAGGAGGGAGGGGAGCCUGCAUCUGAUCCAUGUUAGAGUCAUUAAAGCACAAAAACAUAUUAGGUGUGUUAUAUGACUUAAGGUAAAAUGACAUACCAUAUACAAAUAGCUACUUGUUAAUGCACUUUGUUGUCAUGUAAAGAGACUUGAGGAUUUAUUUUUUCUACCAACAGUUACUUUGAAUGUCUCACCGGUGUUGCAUUGUGCUGAUCGUUUCUUUAAGAAAUUAUUAUUUUUGUUGGGAAAAGUACUCAAAAAUACACGAUGAAGAAAAACUGUAUGUUUUCCCGGAGACUAAUAAAAAAGAACCAACUUUCGAAAGGAAAUUUAAAACACA